CAAGUGAAAAAGGCUGAGGCAGACCGAAGGAAGGGCUCUCGUUGCCUUCUGCCCAUCACCCGAUAAAUAGCCAACCAAGCCUUCAGCACUCCAGAACACCGUUGGAGAGAUGAGACGACCACACUGGCUGCCCCUAGCGGGGCUCUUGCUGUUUUCUCUUAUUUCAAGCCAAGUAUGCACGAUCUGUGAGGUAAGUAAAGAUGACCUCCGCCUAAAACCUCUGUUGAACACAAUAACCCAACCAAAAUAUACCAGGGCAACCAAAGCUGCCAGUGUCCUGUUGUCCAUCAGAGUUGUCGGGAUCCAGAACCAAACCCUAGAGCAACAGCUGCUCCAACGAGUCCGAGAUGGUGCGGAACGGAAAGUGGCGAAUUUAACCUCUGGACAGCUUGCCUUGAUUAUAAUGGCUUUGGGAGCAUGUCACAGCCAUGAUGAAAACUUUACGCAUGAUCAUCGCCUGAUCAGCCAGCUAGAAAAUAAAUUCCAAGCAGAAAUUAAAAAUAUGGAAGAACAUGAUGACAAUCCACUGACUAACUAUUACCAGCUCAGCCUGGACGUGUUGGCCUUGUGUUUGUUCAAUGGAAGCUACUCAGCCACCAAAGUUGCUGAAAUCUUCUCUCCUGAAAAUAAAAACUUUAAUUUCAGUGGCCAGUUCUCAGUAGAUACUGGUGCGAUGGCUGUCCUGGCUCUGACCUGCGUGAAAAGGAAUCUAACGAAUAGGCAGAUCAAAGCAGGGGGAACGGAUUUAGAGAGGAUCACUAAUCAUGCAAAGUCAUUGGUAAAGAAGAUUCUGUUUGAGAAAAAAGAAAAUGGUCUCCUUGGAAAUGUGUUCAGUACAGGAAACGCUAUGCAGGCCCUUUUUGUGUCAUCAGAGUAUUACCAAGAAAGUGAAUGGAAUUGCCAACAAACUCUGGACACAGCGCUCAACAAAAUGUCUCAAGGAAAAUUCAGUAUUCCAAUUGCUGCAGCCCAUAUCUUACCUGCUGUGGUGGGAAAGACCUACUUGGAUGUUAACUCUUGUGACCCUCAUUCAGGUAACUUCAACAUUUCCACUCCUGUGCCUAUAACUGUGGCACCUCAUAAGCCACAGUAUAUCUGGGUCAAUUACUCUGUGAUCAAUGAAACGUAUUCCGCCAAUGUCACCGUGCGAAAUGGUUCUGUCUUCCUGGAUGUAAUGAAGGAAGCUCAGAAACAGAACAAGACUAUAUUUGGUUUCACUGCGGUGGAGAGUGACUGGGGCUGUUACAUCAUCUCUGUUCAGGGCCUAAACGCCAGCAGUAAGGACAGAACCUACUGGGAACUUCUGAGUGGAGGCAAACCACUGGACCAAGGAGCUGGUAAUUAUGUUGUCCACGAAGGAGAAAACUUGCAGGUUCGUUGGAGCAAAUACUAAUAAGCUCAAACCUUCCUCAGCUGGAUAAAAGCCUUUUGCAGUGGAAAUCCAUGCAGAAAUUGGCCCCAUCCCUUCCAUUUUACUUAUCCUAAUUCCAAUAGGAUAGUCUAUAACUUCCCCUUCUCUCUCUGCAUGUUCAAUAAAAGACUAACAACUAUACAAAAAGCA